AGAAGAAGAAGGAAGCUGAACUCCGUCACAACACUUGGUUUAUUUUGCUCCAGGUGUUUUUUUGUAGUAAUUCCGUCUCUGUCUAGUUUCGUGGAAAUUCCACUCCCGGUUUAUUUAUAUUUUUGUUGGUGUGGGGGGAGGGAAGGUGGGGUGCGGGAUUGUAUUAACGGAGUAGAGAGGUAGGUGUAUUCGGGAUACAAUAAUUACACAAUUGGUUGUUGAACCGAGACACUUAUCUGUGAAACAACGGGCCUGUACAGGGCACCCCGGUUGUCGGUUAACCCGAACAGCCACCAUGAGCUCGGAGCAGCAGGGCGACAGCGUGGACCCGGAUGAGUCGCAGGACGGGUCUAACAACACCACCAGGGUGUCGGACCAAGACCAGGACCCUGAGACAGAUGAUUCCUCCGAUGAAAGCAAGACACCGGCUUGUCCUCCGCAGAGCAGCCGAGAGGAGACUAACCCGAGAAGCUCCAGGGCGGAUUUUAUAACCGUAGAGGACAAUCCCCGGUGUCAACCGAAUGUACAAGUGUCCUCGGGUCAAGGGAGUACCACUACGACUGGUCCUGGUUCUGGUUCGGUGGAGAGUAACUCCAACAGUCUGUUCUCCAUGCUACAGAGCAGGACUAUAAGGAGAGGGCUGUUCGUGGAUCCGUCCAGGGAUAACUUUAGGACAAUGACGAAUUUGUAUUCUUCCAUGAGUCCGGCUGCAGACUCGGUCAACCUCAGUACCCAAACUCAUGGCGCAGUAUUUAAUUUGGAAUAUUCCCCCGACGGGUCUGUCCUGACUGUGGCUUGUGAGCAGACAGAAGUUCUGCUGUUCGAUCCCAUCUCUUCCAAACACAUCAAGACCCUGGUGGAGGCCCACGAAGACUGUGUCAAUAACAUCAGGUUUCUGGACAACCGUUUGUUUGCCACGUGUUCUGACGACACCACCAUUGCUCUGUGGGACCUGAGGAAGCUCAACUCUAAAGUGUGCUCUCUGCACGGUCACGCCAGCUGGGUCAAGAACAUCGAGUAUGACACCAACACGCGACUCCUCGUCACCUCUGGCUUUGACGGCAACGUCAUCACCUGGGACACCAACAGGUUUACAGAGGAUGGCUGCCCCCACAAGAAGUUCUUCCACACGCGCUACCUGAUGAGAAUGCGUUUGACCCCAGAUUGUUCCAAGAUGUUGAUCUCGACGUCAUCGGGCUACCUGCUGAUCCUUCAUGACCUGGACCUCACGCAGUCUCUGGAGGUGGGCAGCUAUCGUAUGCUGCGGGCCAGACGCACUCCCCUCAGCCCAGAUGGCUCAGCGUCUGCAUCGAGGUCAAGUGGAGCUCCUCGACAGGGUAACGACUCCAGCAAGAUCCACCCUCACAGAGAAGGUCUCUCCCCCAGGAAUAGUCUGGAGGUGUUAACUCCAGAGAUCCCAGGAGAGAGGGACAGGGGAAACUGCAUCACCUCUCUCCAGCUUCACCCUAAAGGCUGGGCUGCCCUCAUCCGCUGCUCCUCCAACAUGGAUGACCAGGAGGUGAGUCACCUGACCCCCCAAAACCCCCAGGAGUGGACAUGUGUGUAUGAGUUCCAGGAUGGUUCCCCCACACGUCCCCCAGUCUCCCCGCGCUGCUCUCUACGUCUGACCCACUACAUCGAGGAGGCUAACGUGGGGAGGGGCUACAUCAAGGAGUUGUGUUUCAGCCCUGACGGGCGGCUCAUCUGCUCCCCCUACGGGUACGGAGUGCGACUGCUAUCCUUCGACGAGAACUGUAUGGAGCUGUCUGACUGCCUGCCCGUCCAGACCAGCUGUCUCCGAGAAGUCCGUUCCAUCUACUCCCAUAGUGAUGUGGUCCUCACCACCAAGUUCUCCCCGACCCACUGCCAGUUGGCGUCGGGCUGCCUCAGUGGCCGCGUCGCCCUCUACCAGCCCCGGUUCUAACAGCAGGGCUGUCCCAAAUGGGCCCCCCCCCUCUGUUCCCUAUGGGGUUCUGGUCAAAAAGGUAGUGCAUUAUUUAGGGAAUAGGACGGACGCCAUUUUUGGGACACUCCGAAUAAUCAAAGUAGAUGUUUUAUUCAUUAGGUAUCAAACGGAAGAAACCGGACUGAAACGGAGAGACUACCUUGAACUUGGUUUUUUUUUUUGCUACCGUAUUACCCUGAUGCAACUGUCACCAACAUUUUUUUCUGAGUCAAGGACACUUUCGCACUCCAAAAGCAAGCCCAGGGUCAAACGCUCAACAUUUCUU